AUGCAGUCAAUUUAUAACAUAAUCCAGCAAGUCGUAAAGUCAAACAUUCCCUUUUUCAUUACUGGCGAAACCGGUGUCGGUAAAGAAGGCAUCGCAAGAUAUAUUCAUGAAAGUAGUCCACGGAAGAAUAAACCGUUCAUAGCCAUCAACUGCGGUCGAUUCUCCGCUGAACUCCUCCAGAGUGAACUCUUUGGACAUGAAGCGGGCGCGUUUACGAGUGCGAUACGCCAGCGUCAAGGGGCGUUUGAAGCUGCAGACGGUGGGAUUCUCUUUUUAGAUGAAGUUCCGGAAAUGUCCUUGGACGCACAGAAAAUGCUCCUCCGCGUCUUGGACACUGCCACAUUCACACGGCUCGGUGGAAAUGAAGUCUUGACUGUCGAUGUUCACAUUAUCGCCGCUACAAACAGGGAUAUUGCGAACGCUGUCGCUAAAAGGGAAUUUAGGGAAGACCUCUACUACCGGCUUAAGGGUAUGAUGCUUCACCUACCGCCACUUCGGGAACGCACAGAAGAUAUUGCCCCCUUAGUGACCGCUUUUAUUAGCGAGUUCAGCACCGAAUAUGGGAAAAACGUUACCGAAAUUACCGCGGAUGCACUUAAACGUCUCGAACAGCGGCAUGCGCACCCGGCAAGAUCCGGACAACCCGGCACCCGCACUAUCCAAACCGCUGUCGCGCUUGCAACAACAGAUGAACUUGAACUCAGAGAUUUUCCAGAUAUAUAUCCAGAGUUCAUUCAGACGCUCAUCUCUAUCUGGCAGACGCUCCCUUCGGAAAUGCAGCACGCAAUUGGGAGAACAUUCCUGAGCAAGGCGGCACGCGAUACGCAUGAGUGCGUACACAACACGCGUUUCUUCUCCUCCCCUCUCGGCGGCACCAGACACAUGUCGGCGCGGAACUUGCAUGUCUCCUCACAUCCGAAACGAGCGAUCUUUGACGGCGACACCUCCUCAUAUAUCGAAAUAUGCAAUCUGAAUCACCCAAUCCUGCACUGA